GCCUGGAUUCGCCGUGAACACGGAAGCUGGUUUUGUUUGCAUUUCCAGGAAAACGAUUUGUGUUUUCUCGUGCGGCUACUGUUGCGACUAUCGCUGUGUUUCAAUUGUUAUUGUUGCCGCUGCUCCACCGAUCGAUCGCAGCUGCAGUCAUGGCAGAGGACCAUGCGUUGGCGUUGUGCGAGCAUGCUCCCCAGCACCCACAACACGUGAAGAGCAAGAGCAUGGCCCCGGCAUUGAUCGCCGUGCGUCCCGAUGGCGCCUGUGUUGUCGUCGCCGUGGGAGCCCACCUCCGCAUUUUCGACUUCAGUACAGGAUGUGCUGUGGAUAUCAAGGACAAUACGAAUCCAACACUGCAUGGGGAUGCCAUUCGAUCGAUCGCCUUUAAUGUGGAAGGUUCUUUGUUUGCUACCGUGGGUGAUGAUAAACGAGUUAAGCUAUGGGAUGCCAAGACUUGGACGUGCAUCAAGACAAUAUGUCUGACCAAGAAAGUGAGUGCAGUCACUUUUAGCAAUGAUAGUUUGUGGUUCAUGGUGGCCGACAAAUUUGGAAUUGUUUAUGUUUUCUCCACUUCUCCUUCGGACCCAGCUGGUGAACCUGUUCAGCUUUUGGCUCAUUGUUGCAGCAUCAUAACUUGCAUGAUUUGCUCACCGGACUGCAAAUAUAUUGUGACAUCAGAUCGAGAUUUCAAAAUUCGGGUGACCGGAUUCCCUGAGGAGCCCCUAGCAGGGGCACAUGAGAUACACUCCUAUUGCCUAGGUCAUACUAACUUUGUGGCUUGUCUCGCAUUUGUAGGUUCCUAUGGUUUACUUGUAUCUGGAGGCGGUGACUGCACGGUUCGGUUGUGGCACUAUGAAAGUGGAACGUUGCUGGACACAUUUGACACAACUAAGGGAGAUGAAAGCGAUUUAAAAGAAGACAGCCGAGCAGUAGUUGCCCUUGCUUCCUCACCUCCAUCUACGGUUGCUGCAAUUCUUGAAAGGUUUGAGGGAGUUCUCAUCUUUAGUUGCGAUCCGCUUGAGAAGAAAUUAAAACUACUGAAGAAGGUGGUAACUCCGGGUUAUUGUCCAAGCAGUCUAUCAUUUGACUGCAAUAAUAACCUCUGGAUGGUUGCGGGGGCUGCUGAAUGCGUAGUGAAGGGUGAUGAGUUUGUGACACCUGAGGCUGAAGCUGCUGCACAGACUCAGGCACAGGGUAUUGCUCUAGCUGCGGUCACCCACGUCCAAGUUGCAAGGGAGGGUACGUUGUUAGACGCAGCAGAGAUCCCUGGAGGUGAUUCUCUACUACGAACGCUACAAGGAAGUGAAGCUGAUGUUACCAAAGUACAGUCCGCUACCGAGGCUGCAGAGCUUGCCAUGAAAGACCUGCUGUCAAAGAGGCAAUAUACUGCUGAACAAAGAGAAAAUAGAAAGCGCAUGCGGAAUGACAAGAAGGUGGCUACAAUUACCGCUGAUUGAUCUAGUGUUUUGGUCAGACAUAUUUAUUGACGGUCCUCAAGCCCUUGAGAGGUGUGCGGAACAGCUGGAUCAGAUAGAGCCCAAUUCUGAGUUGUAUGGACCUUUUGUACCAUAAACGUUAGCAAUAUCAAAGAUGAAUCUGCAAUCGUGGUAAGAGAAAUGAGUCCCUAGAUGCGGUCUAUUCUAUUGAAUGUGGCAUUUAGCAUGACCUCAUUUUUUCAUCGUUUCCGUAUGCAAGAUGGUGGUGCCAUCGGUAGCACGUCAUUUCUUUUUGUAAUAAUCACUUCAGGAAUUUUGAUAUUUUUGAUAUUUUUGUUA